GUUGCACGAGUGCGACUUGUCACGCUACUACAGAAAAGAUUCGAGGCUGGAAUAUCGUCUCUUUUUUUUUUUCUUUCUGAUGUUUUCAAUUCGCCAUGUUGCGACAUGGUUCAAUGAUAAGACUAAGUUUCCUCAGCUGAUCACCAAGUCGGCAAUUCAGCACUGGCAGUGGAGAGUCAAGGACGGCGGGACCCUUUUUCCUGCGCUAGGCCCCACUAGCCGGUUCUGUUUCCCCCUUUUCCCCAGGCUUUGGUAUCCACAAAGAUCCGCCCAUAAUCCGGGGGAGGGGCGGCCUCCCGCCCUGCAGUGGGCACGAUCCCGCUUCGCGUGACUUGACUCUCCACUGGAUGGGGACAAGAUGUCGACGACUCGGAAAGGUCGAGGCUGGAGAAUGAGACAGAGUCAAUCAAGCAAAGUUUUGCGGCGAUUUUUGAUGUACGGAAACAAUCUUGAUUGAUAGGAGGGUAGAAGCAGGAAUUGGAAGAAGCAAGCAAAGGAGCAGCAAGGUUAUGGAUCGUAUGACGGGUCGCCUUGAUUCAUGCACUACCCUGCACUUCCUGCCACGGUACCUUGGCCAAAUCGUACUAGCUUGUAGCCUGGUCUGCCCUCGAGCUGUGUGUCUGUCGCUGAUCUGGAGGUUUUGUCAGUCCAGAACCUAUCAAUCCACCACCUCGCCAACGCCAGAGGCGCAAGCGAGUGUCUCAUCCAAAUUAGGUAGUCAACCAGCCCGUUCCUUCGCCACAUGCAGGCUCUUUUUUUUUUUUUUUUUUGCUGGCACGUGCUCUUUCGCCCGUUUUGAAUGCAAUGAAAUGCUGUGCUUGCCCAUCAUCAGGGUUAGGGCAGAAAUGAAAUUGUCGAUAUCGCCGCGCCCUUUGUAUCUAUCUGCCUUUUGCCAACCCUAA